UUUAUUUUUACUAGUAAUGGCGGCGAUCAGCAACUUAUAGGGGGACUGCAGAGGACAUUCUGACACUGGGGGGGAACUGACUUGGUGUCACUGACAUCCCCAGUGACACCAAUACAGUGAUCAGUGCUAAUAAAAAGCACUGACACUGUACUAAUGGCACUGAGCAGGAAGGGGUUAACAUGAGGGGCAAUCAAAGGGUUAACUGUGUGCUGGGUGUGUUUUACUAUGGGGCGGUGUCAGUGUGCUUCACUGUAAUCACACUGCUUUGGAUAGCUGUGCUAUGCACAGCCAUCCAAAGCAGUGUUCCCGAGCUGACAGGGAGCAGAACUGUUAGUAAACAAAACAGUUCUCCUCCCCCGGAAAUGCAAAAUCAU